AAUGGGAGCAUGCGGUGGUAAAUCAGGAGAUAAACAAUAACAAAUGUCUAAAGAACAGAAAUGUAAGUAAAUUAAUUUGAGUCUUAGAAUUGGCUGUAAAUAAAUUCGAGGUUGGCCCCAACAUCUUUGUUAAUUUAAAGCAGGGUGAUAUAACUGAUACUUAUAUCAUUAACAAAAUAUUAGGUGAAGGUAUUAUGAUUAAAUUAUCAGUUAGGUUCAUAUGGAUAGGUGAGACUUGUCUAACAUAAGAAGACUGGUUAAUAAAGAGCAAUGAAAUAAAUUUAAAAAAAGAAAAUACUCAAGGAAUAAGAGGAUGCUAUGUUUAGUGAAGUGGCCUUAUUAAAAGAUAUGGAUCAUUAAAACAUUGUCAAAUUAUUUGAAUUGUAUCAAGAUAGUCAAAAUUACUAUUUGGUUACCGAAUACUUAAAUGGAGGGGAAUUACUAGAUAAAUUAACAAAAUUAUAAACUUUCAAUGAGAGAACAGCAGCAGAGUACAUGAAAUAAGUAUUAUUGGCUCUUUCUUAUUGUCAUGCCUAAAAUAUAAUACAUAGGUAUAUCAUAAUUUUAUAUUUUAUAGAGAUAUGAAACCAUCAAAUAUCAUGUUAGCUUCUCCAGAUCCAAAAUCCCCUAUAAAAGUAAUUGAUUUUGGUACUGCCAAAAAGUAAGUAAGUGGAGAAUCAUAGACUUAAGUUAUUGGAACAGUAUUUAUCUAAUCUUAUUAUUAUUAUAGCCAUUAUAUAUAGCUCCUGAAGUCAUAGACAAAAAUUAUACUGAAAAAUGUGAUAUCUGGUCAUGUGGGGUCAUUUUGUAUUAAAUUCUUACUGGAAAAUUCCCAUUUGAUGUCAAAGUCUAAAGUUUACAACAAUUAUUCGCUAAUAUCAAAUCAGGAAAAUAUAAUUUUAAUUCAAAAGAAUUUACUAGUUUAUCUUUUGAAGCUCAAACUCUGAUUAAAUCUAUGCUUUAAUUAGAUCCAAAGAAAAGACCAUCAGCAAGUGAAAUUUUGAAUGAUCCUUGGAUCAAAGAAAAAGCAAAAGAAGAUAAGAUAAGUUUAGAUGUAAUGAGUGAUUUGGGUAAAUUUCAUGUAAAAAUAUUAUUCUAUUAAUAUUUUAGAAUGAAAGUAAUAUGAGAGCAGCUAUUUUAUAAAUGAUUGCAGGAGAAAUGAUGUCUAAUGAAGAGAAAGAUUAAUUAAAUUAAACCUUUUAGAGUAUGGAUAAAAAUAAAGAUGGAUAACUUUCAAAAGAAGAGUUAAUAUAAGGUAUUUAUAAGAGAAAUAUUAAAAAAAUUAGCUUACACUCAGGUAUUUAAUGAUGAAUUAAAGGCUAAACAUUUAGUAGAGGAGAUAUUUACAUAAAUUGAUUAAAAUAACUCAGGAAAAAUAAGUUAUACUGAAUUUUUAGUUGCAUCAGCAAAACAAAAUACAAUUUUAUCAAAAACUAAAAUUGAUCAAGCUUUUAAAAUGUUUGAUAAAGUAUUUAAAUUAAUUAUAAAUAGGAUGGCAAUGGUUAAAUUACUAAACAAGAGUUAUAAGAUAUUAUGUGUGGUGUAGAUAUUGAUAAUACCUAAUGGGCAUAAAUUAUAGCAUAAUGUGAUAAAAAUGGGGAUGGAAUCAUCUAAUAUGAUGAAUUUGCGAAUAUGUUAUUAUAAACUGCCAAAAAAUGA